CAUUUAAACGAUCCCACUCCGAUUCCAUUGUGUUCUCAGCCCACUUCCUUCAAUCUCUUCCUCCAUAAAACUAACCCCAUUACAAUCAAUUCAAAGAGAACAAAGAUAAUUCUGAUCAUUCAAUCGCUUCAUGUUAUAUAUGGCAGAUUUUCCUUCUGAACUAAGCUUAGACUACAAUCCAACUACCUACUCUAUGAAUCAGGACCAGAAAUCAUAUGGAGAACAAGCCGAACAAAUGCAGAAACUCCAAGAGCUUCUUGUUCGGCUUGAGGACGAGAGGCUCAAAAUUGACGCCUUUAAGCGUGAGCUCCCUCUUUGCAUGCAACUCCUCAACAAUGCCAUGGAGGCUUACAAGCGCCAAUUAGAAACAUACCAAACGAAUCAAGGACCAAGGCUUGUGCUUGAAGAAUUCAUUCCUCUAAAUAAGAAUUUGAACAUCCAAGAAUCCGAGAAGCCGUCGUCAUCGGAGAAGGCGAGCUGGAUGGUUUCGGCACAGCUUUGGAGUACGGAGGCUGGGAAACAGCAAACAAUGCCAUCUACUACGCCACUAAAAGAAACUAUCGAGAAUUCCUUCAUCAUAAGUUCGAAGCAGGCUUUGGAGGCCAAGCCACGCUGUGGAGGAGCAUUCCACCCUUUCUGUAAGGAUAAGAGAAAGAACUUACCACCUACUUCUACUUCUUGCUCGUCUACAGCGAGGAUUCUCCCGGAGCUCGCUCUGGCUUCCGCGGAUGACGAGAUGGAGGAGAAGAAAAGCUCGGAGAAUGGGAAUGGAGAAAGAAAUGGGAGGAGGGAGGGCUGUAGUAAGAGCGGAGGAAGUGAUCUGCCGCAUAAUAAGGGAGGAGGAAGUAGUGCACCCGGCGAGGGGUCGCCGACGACUCAGAGAAAGGCAAGGCGGUGCUGGUCUCCAGACUUGCACCGGCGUUUCGUCAAUGCGUUGCAGAUAUUAGGUGGUUCUCAAGUUGCUACUCCAAAGCAAAUCAGAGAGUUAAUGAAGGUUGAUGGGCUCACCAAUGAUGAAGUGAAAAGCCAUCUGCAGAAAUACAGACUGCAUACAAGAAGACCAAUGCCAGCACCAACAGUAGCUCCUACGGCACCACAGCUGCUGGUAUUGGGAGGCAUUUGGGUUCCGCCAGAAUACGCCACCUCAGCUGCUGCAGCAGCGGGGCCCACACUUUACGGCGCACAUCCCGUGCCAGCACACUAUUGCUCUUCGUCGCAGGUGCCUCAGGAUUACUACCAGGUCCCCACACCACCAGCGCUUGUGGCAGCUGCGGCAGCACAAUUUCACGGCCAUCUACCUCCUCUUCACCGUGUGGGAGGCGCGAAUCUUUACAAGGGUUGUCAAGUGUCGCCAGAAUCGGAUCACAGAAGUGACGGGGAGAGGUCGGAGAGCAUCGAGGAGGAACAGGAGGGUCAGGAAAGGGAGGAGGAGGAGGAGGAGGAGGAUGAGGAAGAGGCAAACGAUAAAAAUGUCGAGGAGAAGGAGCUGGUGGUGCUCGGCGAAGCGAAACCGCAAGACAACGACGCCUUGCUUAAUUUCUGAGGUUCUCCGUUGGUUUCUUUUAAUGGAAACUAUUAGCAAAGUUUGUUGGGUUAGUAUUUCUAGAAAGCUUCUAUUUUGAUAUUCAAAUCAUUCUCUUAAGGAGAACAAUCGGACGUGUUGUUCUAGGUGAUUUUUGUUUCACUCAAGGAAAAGAAGUAUUUGAAAUUCGAACUCAAGAAGGAACUUUUUUUC